AUGUCAAACAGUAGUUUUUCACAAAACACGACCAUAGAUGAGCUGAAAAGGAAUUUAUUUAUUGAAAACUGGUCGACAGACGUGAAUUACUCUUCUUAUUAUGAACAAUGUUCACCUUCGAUAUGUUUUUAUAUCAGCGUUCAACGAUUCAAUAUCUUCUCUAUCAUUGCUGCCGUACUAGGUCUUCAAGGUGGUUUGUCGAUUGUUCUCAAAUGGAUCUGCCCGAAACUUAUACGAAUUGGAUUUUGGAUUUAUAACAAACGAAAGAAUCCAGCGAACUCUAUUGGUGCAACGGAUUCAGUUCCAGAUUCGUCUCAUGUCAACUCCAAUUCCGACGAAAAUAAGACAACACCAACGAAUUCAAUAUGCCAUCGAUCACUCAUCAAAGUCACAUUUACAAUUAUACUAUUACUGUAUAUAUCCGGAGGUUUUCUACUCUUUUCAGUACAAUAUAUUCGACAAGAUUCGUUGCCAACCGCAUCAAUAGAUAAUCGUUCCAAUUCAACAAUAAUGCCAAUGUCGUCGACUACAUCAGAACCAAUAUGUCUACCUAAAUUUAAUCGACUGUCAAUGAAUGUGCUAUGUCUAGGGCCACUAAGAGAUCUAGCUACUGUUGUUGAUGUAAACAAUGACAGACGAGUUGAUUUGAUUUUAGUUUGCAUAGAGAAUGAUACGAUAAAUGUACUCCUCAGUAAUGGCGAUGGCACAUUUCAAACACCGAUCGUCUCUCUAUUUGAGGUUCUCGGCGCGGUAGACAUUCACGUUGGUGAUAUAAAUAAUGAUACCCGACUCGAUCUGGUUUUAGUUUAUAAUACUUAUGCGUUAAGUAUCAUCUCUAUAUUCGGCAAUGGUAAUGGAACAUCUCAAACACAACACAGGCAAUCAAUAAGUACGAACCACUACAUAUCUCAUUCUAUUUUAGCUGAUCUUAAUCAGGAUAAUCAGUUGGAUAUUAUACUGGCAGGUGGUGAAUAUAUUUAUAUAUACUUUGGAGAUGGUACUGGAAAUUUUUCGUUACAAUCGAAACUAUUUGCAGGAAGGAGAAGUAGCGCUGGAAAGAUAUUUCUUGCUAAUUUUAAUGGCGAUAACCAUCUCGAUAUUGCUGUAAUGGAUCAUUAUUCUGCUUUUAUGCAUGUAUUUUUUGGAAGUAAUCAUGGAAGUUUCCAUUUACAUCAAUGGUUCUUCACUUCAAUGAACUUUCAACAUUCUAAUAUUGUGCACGGUAAUUUUCUCGGAGGUAAUCAAUCUGAUAUUGUAUUUCUCCGCUCUUGGACAAAUACUAUCUUCAUGUCAUACCGAUACAGUAACGGUUCUUUUCACGUACGUGAACAGAUUGUUUUAGAGUCAAUGUUACGGUCUGAAUCAGCCGUUGUAUCUGAUUUAAAUGGUGACAAUUAUCCAGACAUCAUUGUUACCAGCCGUUUCCCAUAUAUGAUCUAUGGUUUUCUUGGAGACGAAAAUGGCAACUUUCGAGCACAUAUUAUUUAUUUGAAUGAAAUUGACAGUGUUGGAGUUUGGACUGAUGUAAAUGAUUUUAACAAUGAUAAUUGUCAAGAUAUCAUCAUAACUGACGAUUCGUACGGUGAAUCUCAUGAUUAUGUUGACUAUCCAAUGGCUGAACUCGCCGGCGGUAGCGAAUAUGAUGCAAUGUUAAACAGCCGAAGAGAAGCAUCAACAAUGAUGGACAUAAGGAAUACCAAACCAUACGGCAAAAUGCAAUAA